AUGGCCGCGCGACCGAGCGCAGAGAGAGGGCGGGAGGGCGAGCGCGAGCGCGCAGGCGCACAAAAGGCCCCCGGGCGGGCGGCGGUCGGGUCUAGGCGCCCAGCGACGCAGGGCGCAAGCGCAAGAACUGUCCCUCCGCGCUCCUGCGGGGAAGGAGGGGCAAAACUGGCUUCACCAAGCGCGGGCGCGAGAGGCCGGGGUGGGCCGCGCCCCUCCGGGAACGAGACGCAAGGGGCGUGGCCAAAUGCCAAGCCCCGCCCACCACUGCGGCCGAAGUGGGAGGGGGCCCCCGCAGCUGGAGAAUGUCUUUCCCAUAAAUUCCAGAGCGGAUGUCUUUUGUCUGAUGCGUUCCUGCCUGUGACGCCAAUGAAAAGUGAAAACCGGAAUGUGGAUGUAGGCCCACUGUGCAAGGCUAUCAAGUAAAGAAGACAUACUUUGAAGAAAAAAUAGCUGAGCUAAUGAGAAGAAGAGCCCGGAGAUAACAUCCUGGCUGCGGUUAUGGGGGGGAUGGUAAAAUGAGGUAUUGAGAAUAUGCCACAAAAUACAUACGAUUGAAUUUUAUCCAUAGCCUAAAUGGAGUCUUUAGUAGAAAAUUUAUUUGAAACCAGAUAUCUAGCUUAUACUGGAUUUUGUUCGUUUUUGUUUGUUUUGUUUUGUUUUGGUCUCCUCUUUGGUUGGAUUGUGAAAUUCAAAGCCUUCUCCAUACACGUGAUCAAAAUACUUGAAAUGUGCAUGAUUCUUUUAAAAAGGGGAAUGUAAACUGGAAAUGGCAAAAAUCAAAACUGUAGGCCUUGUGAUUGCUAAAGCAGCAAUCGAUGACCUGAAGAGCAAUUGCAAGAUCAGCAGAUCCUGUAGAGAUGCAGCCUCACGAAGGGGGAGGUGGUAUGCCAGGCAGCAACAGAAAGGACAAGUGAUCUGACCAUUGGAAAUCUUCUAGAACAGGAAGUAGACUACAUCUGCCCUUGACACUUUUUAAGGUCAGGUAAAGCCCAGAUAGGAAAAAAACUGGCCAUUGCAAAUGCUCUGGAAAAAAAGGCCCAGAAGAUAUUUCCCAAAAUAAUACGUGGCAAAUAUCUUCCUCUGACACUUACGGCAUCAGUUGAUAAUGCAGCAAUCUGUCCUUUAGAUGACAAAGGGAAAUAGAAACUAAUCUGAUAACCAAGCCAGUUAUCUACCCAUUCUGAUAAACGCAUAAACUUUAAAAAUGUAUGCUGUUAGAUGCUGGAUAAGAAAAUGAAUGAGGCUGGUCCUUAGCCCUGACAGCGAUUGCUAGGCUCUUAAGGAAAGGAAAGGAAACCUGUUUUCAUGGUAACUAGAAGUAGAGAAAAGAAGCUAAAAAUAAAGGUACAGAUGUCUUGGUGGUCCUUUCACACUCUUAAGAUUUCUUCCGUAAGAGACCUUUGUGCUAGGUCCAAUUCCUGAAACUGUUUUUCUUUCCUGCUCCCUCUUGCUGUACCAGUAAACUUCCCUGAGACUGACUCUUGCGUGAGAUGUUAUUUGUAUCUAUGAUUUGUUCCACAAAUGUUUACUGAUCACCUGCUGAGAGAAUGACACCAUCCUGGGGAAUGUGGAGGAAUCAAAAAAAUAUGUUUGUCCUGUCUUCAAUGAGCUUACAAGCUAGUUGGGGCUCGAAAAUACUCGCAUAAAAAUAAAAAGUAAAUGGCAACCAAAACAACCCCAAACAACACAGAACUGCAGUGUUCUGAUGAG